AGUUUGCCAUUCGCUAUGAAGAAACGUACAGUGUAUGCGAUUACGGUCCUGACAUUGGCCGUGCUAAGUGUCAGUGACAGUGCCAGCAGUGCUCGGUCCCGUUUACCACGUGUGUUGCCGCUGGCAGACGAAGAUGACGGUGGUGUUGCAGUUUACGGCGAUUGUGAGUUCAAAGUGAAUGGGGACCUCAGUGAUCCAGCUCCGCUAUUCUCUAGACAUGGAUCCUAUGAGAUAAUCGUGCCGGAUCCCACGGAUACGGUUCAGCUAAUCAAUGGAGAGCAAUUGGAUAUGUUUUGUCCUGGAACAGGAUUUGCGGCCCCAUUUGAAAAUCGCACUCAAGUGACGGCUCAAUGCUUGCAGCAGAAAUAUUUUCUUGUCGAUGGUUUGAUCUAUCCGUUUGGAAAUUUUAGCUGUGUCAAUUGGCCCACUUAUACGGCUCUGCGUACGGGUCGACAAUGUAACGGGGGAACGGAUCUGAUCAAGGCAGGUUUUGAACUGGAAGAUGGUGGUUUCUUGCAAGCCUACGAUGUCUGCCACGACGAGGAGGCUGAGGCCACACGCUAUGUCCAUCAUGUUUUAUACCCCUCGAGCUAUGAUUAUCAGCAUGGUGUGGCACGUCCGAGUUUUAUUGAAUUGGACUUUUAUGGCGGACGAGAUGUGAAUACCAAAUACACGCAGGUGCAGCAGAAUAUCACCAUUAGUGAAAUUCUAGGCCUUGACGCAUCGCCAUAUUUCAACUAUACUGAUGAUCGGAUUUUGGCUCGUGGUCACAUGAUUGCAAAAACAGAUCAGAUCUUUGGAGCUGCUCAGAUGGCAACGUUUUUGUUUAUUAAUGUGGCACCGCAGUGGCAGACUUUCAAUGGCGGCAACUGGGAGAAGGUCGAGACAAGUGUUAGGAAAUAUGUGGCGGAUAGAAAUCUGACAACCGAUUGCUAUACAGGCACGUGGGGUGUCUCCACUCUGCCCGAUGUCGAUGGCGUUGAGAGAGAGCUAUACUUGGACUUUGAUGAGAAUCAUAAUGGCUUGAUUCCUGUUCCCAAGUUAUAUUUCCGUGUUGUUAUCGAUCGCGAGACCCGAGAGGGCAUUGUUUUGAUUGGUGUGAACAAUCCCUAUGCCAGUCUGGAGCAAAUCCAAAGCGAUUACAUAUUAUGUGAGGAUAUUGGUCAUAGAUUAAGCUGGUUAACCUGGUACAAGGAGGAUUUGCAUGAGGGUUAUUCGUAUGCCUGUACUGUAGAAGAUUUUACGGCUGUUGUAAAGGAUUUGCCGCUUGAAGAUUUGUAUACGAAUGGUGUGUUGGGUCUGGAUGAUGAGCCAACCACCACCAAUGCACCCACUAGCACUACUGAUGAACCUGCUAUUACUACGAAUAUUCCGACCUCUACUCUCCCUGCUUCUACUACAGCAUCUUCAACUACUACAACGGUGGAAUCUUCUACAACAAGUGUUCCUGCAUCUAGCACUGCGGAGCCUUCUUCUACUACAGUGGAACCUUCUACAACAAGUGCCCCUGCAUCUAGCACUGCGGAGCCUUCUUCUACUACAGUGGAACCUUCUACAACAAGUGCUCCUGCAUCUAGCACUGCGGAGCCUUCUUCUACUACAGUGGAACCUUCUACAACAAGUGCUCCUGCAUCUUCGACUACAGGGGAACCUUCUACAACUAGCAGUAUUCCCCCAUCUACUACAGGAUCUCCUCCUACUUCUACUACUACCUCAGAACCUUCGACAACAGGCUCCACAACAGUGGAAUCAUCUAGUACGGCUCAAAGUUCAACAACGACCAGUAUUCCAGCUUCUACAAGCGAAGGACCUUCAUCAACAACCAGUAUUCCUGCGUCGACGACAGCGUCACCUGCUACAACUACAAAUAAUCCUACCUCAACAAGUGUAGCACCACCCACCACUUCAGAGCCCAUUGCCAAUCAGUGUCGUUUCAGCAUUAAUGGUGAUCUUAAAAAUCCUAUACCACUUAUCACACCUGAGGGAGCGCUCAGUUGGUUGGAGCCUGCUCAAAGCGGCAUUUACACCUUGGACGAAGGCUCGGCCAUUGAUCUACAUUGCACUGGAGCUUUACUUGCCCCCUACAAUCGCUAUACAGCUCUGACAGCCCGCUGUUUGGGCAGUCAAACAUUCAAUGCUGAGGGCAGUGUGGUCAACAUUGGACAAUUUAUUUGUCAGAGUUGGCCCACCUAUGAAGCGGAACGUUCUGGGACGGCUUGUGAAGGCGGCACUGAACUCCUACAUAUUGGCUUCAAUGUGGCUGCUGGAUUCCUUAGCCAUCUGGAGAUCUGUUACGAUGAGGAGAAGCAAAUUUCACGCUAUGUCCGCUAUGAAUUGACACCCGCCAAUGUGGGCUAUCAGCGUGGAGUGGCCGAACCAGGUUAUUUACGUGGCGACUUCUAUUCCGGUGAAGACGUGAAUAUACUCUACGGUCAAACACAUCAACUGGAGGUUUUAACGGAAACAUUGGGCGCCAGUGCUAACCAAUACAUUGAUACUAGUAAAGAUAUGUAUUUGACUCGCGGUCAGUUAGCCGCACGCCAGGACUUUGUUCAUGGAUCACAACAGCGUGCCACUCACUUCUAUGUGAAUGCAGUUCCCCAGUGGCGAAGUAUUACCAUAGGCAAUUGGCUGGCCGUAGAGAGGAGUCUCCGUCAAUUUGUUGCCGAUAAAGCACUGAAUGUAAGUGUCUAUGCAGGAGCUUGGGGUGUUUCCACCCUACCGAAUGCAGCUGGUGAACAAGUGGAACUAUAUUUAAAUCAUAAUACUGAUCAAUUACCAGUGCCACGUUUAACUUAUCGCCUGGUCAUCGAUCAGGUGAGCCGUCAGGGUGUUGUUUUGGUUGUGGCAAAUAAUCCACAUGUCACGCUAUCCGAAACCUUGGAGAACUAUGUUAUCUGCGAAGAUAUAGGUGCCCAGUUGGACUGGUUGGACUGGGAUAAAACAAAUCUUAAUGAAGGCUAUGGCUAUGCUUGCAGCGUGGAAGAUUUUACCGCUGUGGUGAAGGACUUACCCCUUAGCGAAUUGACAACAUCUGGUAUUUUGGGUCUAAGCGAUCAAUCAUUGGAUAAUGAAGUCUGCGGUUUUCUUGUGAAUGGCGACCUCAUCGAUCCAGCUCCACUCUUUGUGGUGCGUAAUGAAACUGGAAUUGCCAAGUACCUGGAGCCUAAUGCAAAUGGUUUAGUGGAAUUGAAACAUGGUGAGGCCAUGGAAUUACAUUGUCUUGGUGCGUUCAUUCAGCCAUUUGCCACAUAUCGACAAGUGACUGUCAGCUGCUGGCAGAAACAGAUCUUCCUCGCCUUCGGUAGUCUUUAUAAUUUCCAGAAGUUUGUGUGCUCAUCAUGGCCCAGUUAUUCUGCUCGCCGCACAGGUCGCCAAUGCAACGGAGGCACAGACUUGCUCGAAGUUGGUUUUGAGCUUGCGACUAAUGAUUUCCUGCAGACCUUUGAUGCAUGCCAUGAUGAGAUAGCCGAAGCGACACGUUAUGUUCAUCAUGUGCUCUAUCCCGGAAGCUCACAAUAUCAACGUUCGGUGACCAGGCCGACAUUCAUUACUGGCGAUUUCUAUGGUGGCAAAGAUGUCAAUACCAUGUACACUCAGGUCCAACAGAAUAUUACAAUCAGUGCGAUAUUGGGCAUGGAUGCUUCACCCUAUUUCAAUAUCAGCAGCAAUGUCUAUUUGGCACGUGGUCAUCUAUCGGCCAAAACAGACUUUGUUUUCGGAGCACCGCAAAAGGCCACCUUCUAUUUUGUGAAUGCGGCCCCGCAAUGGCAGACGUUCAACGGUGGCAACUGGGAGCGGGUUGAGGAUAGUGUUCGGAAUUUUGUUUCCGAUCAAAAUAUUAUCGUUGAUUGCUAUACAGGCACUUGGGGUGUGACCACUCUGCCCGAUUCGGAGGGUAUUCAGCGUGAGCUUUACUUGAAUUUCGAUGAAAAUAAUAAUGGUCUAAUACCAGUGCCAAUGCUUUAUUUCCGUGUCAUCAUCGAUCGUGAAAGUCGCAAUGGUAUUGUCCUGAUUGGUGUUAAUAAUCCACAUAAGACUUUAGAGGAAAUACAAAAGGAUUACAUUAUCUGUAACGAUAUUGGGGAACAGCUAACUUGGGUUAGUUGGACCAAAGAGGAUUUGGUCAAGGGCUAUUCAUAUGCCUGUACGGUGGAUGAUUUUGUCGCAGUGGUCAAGGAUUUGCCACUUGAAGAUUUAACAGUUAAUGGCGUGCUAGGCAUUUAGGGCUUUUAGUUAUUUAAGUAACCAAAAAAAAAAAAAAAACAAACG